GCGCUAUUUUAUCUAUCGACAUUAUCAAUUUUAAUUAAUGGACUUGGGACUAUUUCAUUGCAUAUAUACUUAAUUUGAGGCGUGGGCAGUUAGUUGCCAGUGAGUGAGUGCUCGAUGCGUAAUUUUAACGUCCCAUUAACCGUGUUUUGUUGAGGACUAUUUAAGAUGGAGUUUUUAAGAAAGAUUACACUGUUCCUGCUUGUAUUUCUACUAAUACAAAAUGCAGCAACCAGACCUGGUCUUCUAGGAGAAUUUCCAGACGGCGUAGAAGACAAAUGUUCAGACGAAAGUCCCACUAUUGAAGUUUGCCAAAGAUGUGCCAAAACCACCAAAUCACCGCUUGUAUAUCCGAUGUGCUGCUCGAAUCAAGAGGACGCUUUUAAUUGGUGCGUUCGUUAUGUCAACUUCGGGAACGUUAACAAACCUGAAUAAUCGCACAAGUGAAACAUCAAUUUUGUUAAUUGUAUACGGAUUAUCUCAUAUCAUUUUGUGUACAUAUUAUGUGCAUAUUAAAAUGCAUCAAUUUAUAAUAUAUAAUAGGCAAUUAGGCUUAUUCAAUGAAUGUCUUGCAUGUUAACAAUAUAGCAAGAAUGUGACGAUGUAUGGUAUUCUCCAAACGAGCUGUCUUAAUUUUUAAUUGAAUUACAUAGAUAGAUAUAUCGAAAGUGCAAAAAUUAAGUUCAGCGAAGUAUUAUUUAAACUGUCAACAUUGUUUUGAGAAUGCUAACGUUGUUGAAGUUGUGACAAGAAUUGUUACUUAACGCAAUUAAUUAUAUAGCGUAGGCAAUUUAGAGACGAAAGGAUACUUCCGAACAUAUAAUUAUGGCUGUGAUUAAAUGUGAAAAUAAUUUACUUAAAUUUUAUAUUAUCAUUUAGAAUGUAGCAAUGCAAUUUUUAUAAUUUUAAUUUAUUAAUAAAUUUGUAAUAUAAAAGAUGUUUUAUUUAUUAAAAUCUAGUUUUGA